AUGAACAGAGGAACAAGUUUAACUUCGCCAACCGGCUCACAGCUGCACCGAACAGCAUCUGUGGCUGUCUUUUCUGGCGUCACCCCAACGGUGCAACAUCAUAGGAGUGAAACUCAGCUUGUGAUUCGUUUACCAAUCACUGUUCUUCUUCCCACGCUGGCGUACCGAUCACGGUAUCCAGGAGGUGGCAAGACGAAGGAGCCCGCCAGUUACUUUUACGGCAGGAUCCACUCCAGGCCAAGGGAUAUGGAAACAAAUAACUUAUUUGACAUCCGCGGUCCGGAGGAUCGAUUCCUGACCUCUCAGGAGAAGCCGUACGAUCCCUCUUCGCCAGAGUACCAAGAAGACAGAGAGUUCGGCCCACUACUCUCCCGCCUGGACGCUUACUUCCACUUACUGGGGCUCCAGGACGACCACUGCCGCAUGCGGGCCAUCUGCCAGCUGGCAGAAGACCCCACCACUUUCGCCCCCCUCUCACACCUCGUCCUCUCAGCUCUAAAGAAGAGUGAGUCGUUCUCCCGGCAGUCAUUGUACAGCCCGGCAGUGUUUCGCUUCUUCCGGUACUACUGGUCAGCUGAGAUGGGCGCGGCAAGAGGGGACUGUGCCCACGCCUAUCCCCAGUGCCCAGCUGACCUUGAAGACAUCAUCAACAUGAGUGUACUCAACUUCUGGCAAAGCCUCGCUUCCUACAUAUCCAUCAAGCUGAGUGAUGAGUGAUGGAUCGCCUUGCUGUUUCUUAACUCACCCCUCCAUCCACGGUGCCAAUUGUUGCCUGAUGUUACCACUGGUGCCUCCGUCCCUUCCCCCUCCUCUCCUUCCCAGCCGUGUGCCACUCCCCAGCACAUACACACACACACUGAUGUUACCAGCCCCGUCGCUAGUGCCUGGAGGGGGCGGGACAGCCGCCCCCCACCACAACUUGUUACCACCCAGUUACUACUGUCCUCAAGUCGCCAUUCCCUCCUUGUGCCGCCCACAGGCGACGCUUUUAUAAGUUGCCACAUCGGACUAUCGUUCCUGUUAAGUUUCCCCUUGAGAGUCUCUGUGUUCCUUAGGACCUCGAUGCCGUCACCCAGGUCCUAAUGUGAUGAUUAUUAUUAUAACUUGUUUUCCUCAAAUGCCUUGUUAAGUUUCCAAGCCUUGGACAGCCGGGACGCCAAGUCCUAAGCGAACCCGGGUGAUAACUUAACGAACCCGGGCGCUUGGUCCUUAGUGAACCCGGGCGUGCCCUUAUUUUUAUUCCCUUCCUCCCCGCCGCUGCUGAAGCAGAGGAUCUCGUUACCCGUAGAGGUGUUCAAGUGUGACGCGUUUUAACCUGUGAUAUACUAGUUUAUUUUUAUGUGUCUGACCCGCCAGUUAGCGGCCCCACGGCACCUGCCCACCGACCACCACCACCACCACCACCCAGUCACCCACACCCCGUAGUCAUUCCACCCACCUGCACCCCUCACCCCACACCCGUAGUCAUUCCACCCACCUGCACCCCUCACCCCACAUUCUGUAGUCAUUCUCCAUCAACCUCCACCACAGUCUGCAGUCAUUCCAUAGUCACCUCUUUCUAUGUUUGACCAUUGAUCCAACCUGUCUUCUGGACUGAGUUACUCAUUUAAAACUCAUCGAUCAUCAUGAAUAAACUCGUAUUGUCUGAUCAUCCAAAAACAAAAUAUUCUGUGAUUUUUUUCAUAUCUUAUCAAAUAUCACAGUUAAAAUAUUUUAUGCCUCUUACUAAUUCCCGAAUUUCAGGAUCAAGACAUGUAUAUGACUUAAAAUAUGUGUGUACUGACGUUACUCUCACAGUCAUGUCACAUUACUAACUAGUCUUCUACACAGAUCAUUAUUCAUGUUAAUGAGAGACCAGUUUAUUGCUCCCUUUGUUCACCCACAAUACUUCGUCUACAUUCACUUGUACGACCAGAGAAGACAGUGACUCACUCUUACUCAUUAAUCAACUCACCUACUUAUUCAGCCGACCAAACAAUGCUAAUCUUCAUCAGCCCCUGACAGACAUCGAAUCCUAAAUCCACUCCCGAAUCCCACUCUUAAACCCACUCGUAAGUCCACUCCUGCAUCUACUGAUUUUGCCGAAGAAUCCUGACUAAGAUUGUGCCCAGUCUUAAUCGACCUUUGGACCUUUAGCAGCCGACCUUAAUGACGUUGCUUGUGAACCCAAUAAAAAAUAAUAAUGGUAUCUGAGGACUAACUCAUGGGUAAGUAACAAUGAGAGAACGACCUCGAGUGAGACCCAGCGUGACCUCAAUCAUGCCUGACCUAGCUCGGUUACCCUUUGACCUUUCAUGACCCACAGCAUCGAACAGAUUACUGACAAAGAAAAGACAGCCUUUGGCCUUGUGUAGAGCUGGUGGAAGUAUAGAGCUUUCAUCAAGCUCUACAUAGAGCGAAACGUUCCUCAGGGGAAAGUUCUUUUUUUUUUCUCUCUCUCUCUCUCUACUACGUUCGUAGUUUCUUCAAGACGUAUUUAUUAAGACGACGUUUCGCCCAAGGAGGUCUUUGCUAAGAAAGACUGUUAGUGACUGCUGCGGGUGACAGUUAUUGUCUCUCAGAUGUGUUCGUCUCCAAGUUCCGUCUAGUUUUUUUUUUUUUAGUUGUGUGUUUCGUGUUUCGUAGACAUAUUCAUUGGCUGAGCUUGUCCACUUGACUGACUGAAUUUGUCCACUUGACUGACUGAAUUUGUCCACUUGACUGACUGAAUUUGUCCACUUGACUGAACUUGUCCUUAUGAUUGACUGAGAGUGCUCUCAUCACUGACUGAACUUGUCUUAAUAACUGGCUGAACUUGGUAACUUGAGUUCUUGACCUUUUCCUCAUGACUGACCGAACUUGUUUUCAUGACAUAUUGAACUUUUCUAGUUGAUUGGCUGAACUUAUAUAAAUGAUUGACUGAACUUGUCUAUUUGACUGACUAAACGUACCUGCUUGACUAAAUGAACUUAACACAUGCCUUACUGAAUUUAAAUAUUCAUUGUAUUUGUCCUCGUGAUUGACUGAACUUGAACACUUGACUGACUGAACUUGACCACUUGACUGACUGAACUUGACCAGUUGACUGACAACUUGACCACUUGACUGGCUGAACUUGACCACUUGACUGACUGAACUUGACCACUUGACUGACUGAACUUGACCACUUGACUGACUGAACUUGACCACUUGACUGACUGAACUUGACCACUUGACUGACUGAACUUGACCACUUGACUGACUGAACUUGACCACUUGAUUGACUGAACUUGAACACUUGAC